GUUUAGCUACGGUAAGUCGCAGAGAGAAACGAGCGUGCAAAGCUGCGCUCAGUCCUCCUCCUUAUCGUGUACUGCGAGACACGCACUCUGUCCAAGGUGGAAGUAACUUUUGUCCUGUGGAGAAGAGUUUUGAACCGCCUUGGAUAUACGUCUGGUCGAAAGAGUCACAACAAACGAUAACCAUGUCGGCCUCAUCGGCAAAAGUCAGUAGGAAGGAGAAUUCAAAUCACGACGGAGCGGACGAGACCUCUGAAAAAGAGCAGCAGGAAGCAAUUGAGCACAUUGAUGAAGUACAGAAUGAAAUUGACAGACUGAAUGAACAGGCUAGUGAAGAAAUUUUAAAAGUAGAGCAGAAGUACAAUAAAUUACGCCAGCCAUUCUUUCAGAAGCGAUCAGAAAUCAUAGCCAAAAUCCCCAACUUCUGGGUCACAACGUUCGUCAACCAUCCACAAGUUUCAGCUCUUCUGGGAGAGGAGGACGAGGAAGCACUUCAUUACUUGUCAAGGGUGGAGGUCACGGAGUUUGAGGACAUAAAGUCUGGAUAUAGAAUAGAUUUUUAUUUUGACGAGAAUCCGUACUUCGAGAACAAAGCCCUCUCCAAAGAGUUUAAUGUAAACGAGAGCGGCGACCCGGUUUCCAAAUCAUCUGAAAUCAAAUGGAAAGCUGGAAAGGACCUGACAAAACGUACGGGUCAGACGCCAAACAAAGCUGGGAAGAAAAGGCAGCAUGAGGAGCCAGAGAGCUUCUUCACCUGGUUUACUGACCACUCGGAUGCAGGGGCUGAUGAACUGGGAGAAGUGAUCAAGGAUGACAUUUGGCCAAACCCACUGCAGUACUACCUGGUCCCAGACAUGGAGGAUGAGGAAGGCGAUGGCGAUGAUGAUGAUGAAGAAGAAGAGGGACUGGAAGAUAUUGAUGAAGGGGAGGAAGAAGAGGGUGAAGAUGAAGAUGAGGACGGUGAUGGGGAAGAUGGAGAGGAUGACGGCGAAGAUGAUUAAAGGUUUCAGUCAACACCUUUUCUCCAUCCUCGCUCCGUGGUCUCUCUUCAACUCAUGGGAGCAAAUUUCUUUUUUUUGUUUGUUUUUUGGGGUGGGGGGGUGGGGGGGUCUGUGUGUUGUCACCCUGUCCGUCCUCUUCCUCUGCAGCCACAGCCUGCAGAUAUUGUCUGAGGACCAGCUCCAUACACAGCGGGUCUGCAGAGGGGUGGAGGUGCAGGUGUCAGUGGCUCUCUGGAUUUUUCACCUGUCAUUAUUUCUCUACAUCUCCCAAAGACAUGCAAAAGAAUUAAAAAAAAAAUUUGUAGCAUUCUGCACGUCAUUCUAUGUAGAUUUAAACUCCAUACAAUAACAAUUUGUAUGUACAAUAAAAACAGUUUCUGUUGAAGUUGUGAGUUCAAUAAAAAUAAGCCAUGGUGCAGUGAUAACUUAA